AUGAUGGGAAGAGAUUUCGAAAAGGUCUUUGCAAUGCAGGAGCAAGCGGACGAUGGAGAAAGGAGAAUUUUGAAUGGAUUUCGUCGGGGUCAACCAGAUUGCACGAGAACCAAGGACAUUCAACAGACGAACCAGGUUGAGGCAAAGGCGGCUUUCGCUGAAGGGGGAAAAUUUUCAUUCGUUCAAUGGGUCAGCAUGCAGAUCGGCGCACUGAGACCCAGGAUCCAAGGGCGCUUUGGGAUCGGCGCGAGCAAUGCGCAGAGAAAUCCCUGGCAGGAGGAGAUGAGGUCGAGAUCGACGCGGCUUCCUCGUGGAUUAGGGACGAUCCAUCUCGACAGAAUCGAUAACACAAUAAGAGAGCUCGUCUUCCCUUUCCAAGUCUUUGUGCUCUCUGGUCUUUUGUUGUGUGCUGUCGUACCUCGUAUUGCAGUAUCUGUUGCCGAAUGCUCGACGUCUGAACACAGGCAGCCUGUUCUCUUCCAGAAGGCACUGUCCUCAAAGCUCGUCUCACGGCACAGACGAUGUGCACAGCGUACUCGGUAUUGCUUGAGCGAAGCAGAAGCUGACGGCUUUCAAAGAUUAAGCGCACGUUGCCGAGUACAGGUAGAAAGAAUACUGAUAGCGGUAGUUGAGCAUUGA